GCGCGUCGGGAGCGGGCGGCGAGACCCGAGCCGCGGGACGGGAGCGAAGGCCGCGCCGAGGCCGCCGAGCCCCUCCGGGCCGCCGCCAUGGGCAUCAAAUUUUUAGAAGUUAUCAAACCUUUCUGUGCAGUUCUACCAGAAAUUCAGAAACCUGAAAGGAAAAUCCAGUUUAGAGAAAAGGUACUAUGGACUGCCAUAACUCUCUUCAUUUUCUUAGUAUGUUGUCAGAUACCACUAUUUGGAAUCAUGUCAUCAGAUUCUGCAGAUCCUUUCUACUGGAUGAGAGUUAUUCUUGCAUCCAACAGAGGAACUUUAAUGGAAUUGGGUAUCUCCCCAAUUGUAACAUCUGGUUUGAUUAUGCAGUUGUUAGCAGGAGCCAAAAUCAUUGAAGUUGGAGAUACACCCAAAGAUAGAGCUCUAUUCAAUGGAGCCCAGAAACUAUUUGGUAUGAUCAUUACCAUUGGGCAAGCCAUUGUGUAUGUCAUGACGGGCAUGUAUGGGGAUCCUGCUGAAAUGGGUGCUGGCAUCUGUCUCCUUAUCAUUAUUCAGUUGUUUGUUGCUGGUUUGAUUGUGCUGCUGUUAGAUGAGCUGCUACAGAAGGGUUACGGCUUGGGGUCUGGUAUUUCCCUCUUUAUUGCCACCAACAUCUGUGAAACCAUUGUCUGGAAGGCCUUUAGUCCCACUACUAUUAACACUGGCAGAGGUACCGAGUUUGAGGGUGCAGUCAUAGCGCUCUUUCAUUUACUGGCCACCAGGACAGAUAAGGUCCGAGCUUUAAGGGAGGCCUUCUAUCGUCAGAACUUACCCAAUCUCAUGAACCUCAUUGCUACGGUUUUUGUGUUUGCCGUCGUUAUAUAUUUUCAGGGAUUUCGUGUUGACUUGCCCAUCAAGUCGGCCCGGUAUCGAGGACAGUACAGUAGCUAUCCCAUCAAGCUCUUCUAUACCUCGAACAUUCCCAUUAUUCUACAGUCGGCCUUAGUGUCAAACCUGUAUGUUAUUUCCCAGAUGCUGUCUGUUCGAUUUAGUGGCAACUUUUUAGUAAAUUUACUAGGACAGUGGGCUGAUGUUAGUGGGGGAGGACCUGCUCGUUCUUACCCUGUGGGAGGCCUUUGUUACUAUCUUUCUCCUCCUGAGUCCAUGGGCGCCAUAUUUGAGGAUCCUGUCCAUGUGGUUGUUUAUAUCAUCUUCAUGUUGGGAUCAUGUGCAUUCUUUUCUAAGACAUGGAUAGAGGUGUCUGGUUCCUCUGCUAAAGAUGUAGCUAAGCAGCUUAAAGAACAGCAAAUGGUAAUGAGGGGCCACAGAGAUACCUCCAUGGUUCAUGAGCUUAAUAGGUACAUCCCCACGGCGGCAGCGUUCGGCGGCCUGUGCAUCGGCGCCCUGUCCGUGUUGGCCGACUUCCUGGGGGCCAUCGGCUCCGGCACUGGCAUCCUGCUCGCCGUCACGAUUAUUUAUCAGUAUUUUGAAAUUUUUGUCAAGGAACAGGCUGAAGUCGGUGGGAUGGGUGCUUUGUUUUUCUAAAUGUUCCAAUAUUUCUUCUUGUGUGUGUGAAAGGGAGAAGAAUUUUGGCACAUUGUUUUUUGUCCAAUAACGCGAUUCCCCUUUUCUUCCCUCAGUUUCUUGUUUCCCAGUGCUCACCGUCCCAUUUGUGCAAUGGGCCCCGAGCUAAGCCUGUGUGCAGCAUUAGUACCAGCUGCCUUAAAACUAAAGUUUACAGUAUUCAUUCACAAACGUACUUGUAGUGUCGCCCGUGAUGCUGGAAACCAGUGUUCCUGCCUUGCCCUGUUCAGCCGUGCCGGUGAGAUGGUGACGUGGAUCAGUUUUGCACACAACAUUCAGAACACUCACUAUUCCCCCCACUUGUUUAAAAAUAAAUGUAGUUCAAAUUGCCACUUUCCAGUAUUUUUGAGCUUAUUUAAUGAGUUCUGGAACAUUUCUAUCUAAUCUGUAUUUUAGAUAUAAUUAACUUUUUAUACUUUUUUAACUCCUUGUAUCCACGUUCCCACCCUCCCUCUCCGUCCACUCCCCUGACUGGUCCCCUCUCAGCUGCCACUCCGCCCACGUGGGCAACAUCGAGCUUCAGUUCCAGCUGUUCAGGAACAACUGCUUGUGUGUGGUCCCCCCCCCCCCCCCCGGCCCCAUUUUCAUUCCUUUCUUCCCAGUGACAGCAGUCCAUGCUGUUUUACUGUAUUGGCUAUGCCUUUGAAUUCCAACACAUCGACACAUCACUGGAGAACACACUUUCCAGAUCUGAUGGCCCAGUUUUUUGUUUGUUUUUUUUUUAAUCCCUAAAGCAAAGAUCUAAUUCUCAAGCAAUGUCUGUAGUUCAGUGGGGGUGAACAAUGAGUAAUUCAUGCUAGCAAUUUGUGUAUGUUGUUGUACUUUACAGCAGCAACA